AUGCUCCGCACAGCCCGCAUCGUCCGUCUCUGGGCCCUCCUCAGCACCCGCGCCACCCACUCGGCCACGGCCGCUCCCCCCUCUCCUCGACCUCUCGGCCCUCGCCCCGCGCCCGUCCCGACCGACGACCUGUGCAUCCCGCUCUCGUCCCCUUACUCCCUCUCCGACUACCUGCCCGCUCCCGGCCAGUCUCCCUCGCUCGACCGCGCGACCCUCGUCAAGCUGCACCGCCUCGCCGCCCUCGAGCCGCCCGCGCCGGACGACGACCACGGCUGGGCCGCCCUCGCUGACCUCGACGACCUCGUCGCCAUCGUCCAGGCCGUGCGCGACGUCGACACGAACGCGCUCGGGCUCCGACCGGGCGAGAUGGUCGACGCGAGGGUGCGCGCUCAGCCGCGACCGGUCGACUGGUCCUCCUCUUCGUCCACCGCGGCGGUCGAGCAGGGCACCGCCGGCGAGUCGCGGCCCGACGCGCGAGGCCAGGCGCUCCUCAAGCUCGCGAGCCGCACCGAGGGCGCCUACUACGUCGCGCCCAUGCCGGACAACGUACCUCUCGACCUCUCGCCCCCUCGCUCGCCCGCCCUCGCCUCCUCGCCGCCUCAAGACGGCACCGAGCGGGCCCCGGCGCCCAGGCCACGACCCGCCGCGCUCGUCGGCGGCCGCAAGGAGAGCGUCGUCGGCCCCGCUCGCGACGGCGCGCGAGGUCCUCGAGCGCCCCGCACCAUCUCGCUCGCCCGCAAGUGCGCCGACUGGAUCGUCGAGGACCCGGCCGCCCGACGAGCCCCUUAAGGAUGACGUGGGUGCAACGGUGGCGGCGAGGACGGCGAGACGAGGUGGGCGGGAUACGGUGAACCUGGAGGAAUCGGGCGCGUCGCCGAGGCUCCUGUAGAGCUGCGCAGCGGCAACGAGCAGGUCUCUCUUUCAUCAUC